CCAUACAAGCAGUUUCAAUCGAUUUGUUGGCUGGAGCGUAUCAGGUUGUCGAGAGUGAAAAACAAAAACCUGCUCCGGCAAAAAUAAUAAAACAAAUUAGAAUUUUCAAGUGACAUUGAAACAUCAGUGAACGAUUAAUAUAGUUUAACAGUUAAAUUAAACACGAAUAAAUACGUCGAUCGACGACAAGUGUAAACUAAACGUAGAUUUAUUGGAUUCACGUGAAUUUAAGUGUUAAUUUUGGUAGUGUUUGUGUUAUCGAAAAGAAACUAAUAAAAAUGUCGUGCUUUUCGAAAUUUUUCAAAAUUCACAAGUCAUUCGAUUUGCCAGUGCUGAAUUCGGUGCCAGGAGUUGUCACAAAAACAUUUUCCUUUCAGAAAAAUGCCGAAUUUGACAUGGACACAAUCGACGAUGAGAAGGUAUCACAGAAGGGUCGAAAAUCAAAACCAAAUCGAAAUGGUAGCAUUGCCAACAAUCGCAUAUCACCGCGAGCAUCUCAAGUGACCGUGGAGUCAAAUCAAAAUGGUGUUAUAUCGGAAAAGAAAGAGCUAAAUCACGAAUUCGAUUAUGAGAAAAUUUUAAAUCCAAAGCCACUCGAAUUGCCCGAUUCCUUAUCAAUGAAAUGUGUGCCAAAGCAGACCCUCGACGAUUCAUACUAUGAAGAUGAAUACCCCCGAACGCAUGAACCAUCUGCAUCAAGUUUAUUCGACGAAAAUGAUCGCCAAAAGGCCGACUCAGGCAUUGAAACCGAUGACAUCGAAGAAGCACAUAAAUCGGUUAGUUUUUCAGAAAAUGUAAAGAUUUUGGGCGAGAAAAAAUCAACGGAAACCAAAACAUCGACAGCAGAAUCAAGUCACAGUAAUUCGGUGGGCGGUGAAAGUACCGACAACAAUAAUUUUGAUGAUUCAUUUGCAAAUUUCGACGAUACAAGCGAAGCGUUAAACGAACAGAAUGAAACACGAUCUCGGACGAAAAGAGAAGGUGUUAUCGCUGAUAGUAUCGAUCAGAAAAGUACGCGUGAUUUUGAUUUGGAUUUAAAAGUGUAUGAAAAAAGUGAAGAAACGGAAAAACUCAUAAAAUCAGCAAUUAUUGCCAAUGAUUUUCUCAAUAAUAUGAUGGACGCAGAACGAUUGCAGGCUCUUGUUAACGCAAUGAUUCCGCAAGUUUUGAAAGCAAAUAGUUAUGUGAUAAAAGAAGGUGAAAGUGGAAAUCAAUUUUAUGUAUCGGCCGAAGGUGAAUAUGAAGUCAUUAAAAAUGGUGAAAUUAUAAAAAUAUUCGGUCCGGGUGUUGUUUUUGGUGAAUUGGCCAUUUUGUAUAAGGCUCGUCGUUUUGCAUCGAUUAAAGUAAAAACGGAUGCAUUUGUUUGGGCGUUGGAUCGAAAGAUUUUUCAAAAAAUUAUGAUGAAAACUGGUAGCCAGGAAAGAGAACAGAAUAUUAAAUUUUUGAGUUCGGUUCGUGUGUUGCAAGGCGUUUCAGAGGAUGUUUUACAUAAAAUUGGCGAUUUAUUGAAACGUGAAUUUUAUGCGACAAGUAGCACCAUUAUUAGACAAGGCGAUCAGGGAGAUAAGUUUUAUAUCAUUCGUGGCGGUAGUGUGACGGUAACAAAACGCAUGAAUGACGGCGAUGUUCGUAUCGUUGGAAUGCUGAAGCGUGGCGAUUACUUCGGAGAACAGGCAUUAAUUAAUAAGGCGCGUCGUAUGGCGAAUAUCAUUGCAAAUGAACCGGGCACUGAGUGUCUUACAUUGGACCGAUCAGCGUUCAUUAAGUAUCUUGGAAAAUUGGAAGAAUUGAAACAAAAACCGAUCGAUCAAAUUCCAGAUGAAGAAGGUAUCGUUAUACCAGCACCGAAUAAAAACGUCAUAAGCCCACUUUAUGAUCACAUACAAUUGUCGGACUUGGAAAUAAUAGGCACGUUGGGUGUUGGUGGUUUUGGACGCGUGGAACUCGUACAAUACGAUAAAAAAGAAACAUUUGCACUGAAAAUAUUGAAAAAAUGUGAGGUAGCAAGCCAAGGUCAAAUUGAGCACGCCUACAGUGAAAAAGACAUCAUGUCAUCGUGCGACUCAUCGUUUAUUGUAAAAUUGUACAAAACCUAUCGCAAUCGAAAAUACUUGUACUUUUUAAUGGAAUGCUGUCUGGGCGGUGAUGUGUGGACACAACUUCAGAAAACGAAAUGUUUUGAAGAGAAAACAUCAAAAUUCGUAACAGCAUGUGUUGUUGAAGCAUUUGAUUAUUUACAUACACGUGGAAUCAUUUAUCGAGAUCUAAAACCGGAAAAUUUAAUGAUUGACGCCGAUGGAUACGUCAAACUAGUUGAUUUUGGUUUUGCAAAACGUGUCGGACCGAAUUCGAAAACAUGGACUUUUGCUGGUACACCUGAAUACGUUGCGCCCGAGAUUAUAUUGAAUAAAGGACACGAUCGUGCUGUUGAUUAUUGGGCGUUGGGUGUAUUUAUUCAUGAACUUUUGCUGGGGAAACCACCGUUCCGCGGCAAAGACCAUAUGAAAACGUACAAUUUGAUACUACGUGGUAUUGACGUUGUAACCAUGUCACAUAAAAUACCGAAAAGUGCACAACAUCUCAUUAAAGGCUUGUGUCGUCAAACGCCAACUGAUAGAUUGGGAUAUCAGAAGAAGGGCAUUGCUGACGUAAAGAAACAUGCGUGGUUUGAAGGAUUUCAAUGGGACAAACUAGAAGAUAGAACACUUACGGCACCGCUCAAAAGACCCAUCAAAAAUAAUACCGAUUUAUCAAACUUCGAUGAAUACCCACGUGACAGUGAUGAACCACCAGAUGAACUUACUGGAUGGGAUGCUUAUUUUUAAAAUUAGUUUUAAUUUUAUUAUCAUUUUUAUACUAUAUUUUAUUCUUUUACUAAUUAUUGGAGUAAAUUUACACCAAAAAAAAUGUACAAUUUAUUUUCGAUUCGAAUUUUUGCAUAAAGAUCACACUUUGUACCCAAUCCAAAAUGGAUAUGCUCAUUAGUGCAGGCACUAAAUGUUAUGAAAUAUAUUUUAAAUUUAAGAAAGUCAAAUGAAUGUACUAUACGUACCUUAUUAUAUCAACAUAAUCGACAUAUUUUGAAGACUUUUGUUUGAAAUGCAAGUUAAUCUCAAUAAAAUGAAAUGAAUUCAUUUAAAGCGGUGGCAAAUUA